AGCCCUGAGGCAGCUGCUCUCUGCAGGUUUGAUGCCCCGUUCAGAGCCCCAUUGCUUGCGCUGAAAAUGACCCUGCCUCUCCGCCGUGCAGGAAUGGCCUCUACUGGGAACCUUUCAGAAGAGCAGGUGCACUGCUCCAUAUGUCUGGACGUCUUCACCAACCCUGUAUCCAUCCCCUGCGGACACAACUUCUGCCAGAGCUGCAUCCUGGGAUACUGGAAAACCAGCCCAUUGUACCAGUGUCCUAUGUGUAAGAAGUCUUUCUACAAAAGGCCCGAUAUUAGUGUUAACACGGUCCUGAGGGAGAUCGCAGAGCAGUUCAAGGAGAUCAGGGUUAGAAGUGCGGAGGAAAAGGUGAGCAAGGAGAAGGAAGUCGAGGGAGAAAGGAAGUGGACGAUGGAGAGAAAGAAAAAGGAGGAUGAGGAGAGGCUUUUGGAGAAAGAUCAGAUGCAGCAGGUGCUGGAGGAGCUGAAGCAGAAGCAAGAGGAGGAGAAGAGCAAGAAAGCAGAGAAAAUGCCAUCACAAGAGGAGUUACCACCGCUGAUCCCCCCUGUGCCACCGCCCAGAACCUCUCCUCCACGAUCACCCAAAGUCACAGCUCAGGGUCCGCCACCGCCUCCUCUGCCCCAGACAUCACCUCCACCCUCGCCUCAAAUCGCUGCUUCUCCAACACCUCAAACCCCACCUCCACCUCCCUCCUCUUCACUCCCACCUCUUCUGUGGGAGGAAGUCCUCUGUGAUGUCUGCCUGGGUAACGGCAGGCCAAAAGCAGUCAAAUCCUGCCUCGUGUGUUUGACUUCCUACUGCGAGGAGCACCUGAAAUCUCACUCGUCCAGGUUCACCAAGCACAAACUGAUGGAGCCCGUUGCCAAUAUGGAGGACAGGAUGUGUCCGAAGCACCAACGGCUUCUGGAGCUGUUCUGUAAGAAGGAUCAGACCUGUGUGUGCGUGCUCUGUACCGAGACGGACCACAGGGCGCACUACACCGUCCCCGUGGAGAGGGAGUGGACAGAGAAAAAGGCGCAGCUAAAGCGGACAGAAAUAGACGUCCAGCAGAUGAUCCAGGACAGAGUGCAGAAGGUGGAGGAGAUCAAACACUCGGUGCAACAAAACAAAGCCAGCGCUCAGAGAGAGGUGGAGGAAAGUGUGCAGGUCUUCUCAGAGCUGGUGCGCUCCAUCCAGAAGACUCAGAGCGAGCUGGUUUUGGCCAUUGAGGAGAAGCAGAGGCAGACGGAGAGGUGGGCUGGAGGCCUCAUCGCUGAACUGGAGCAGGAAAUCGUCGAACUGAAGAGGAGGAAUACAGAUUUAGAAAACGUGGCUCGGACCGACCAUAUUCACUUCUUAAAGAGCUACCCAGCCCUCAGCACUCCUCCCUCUGUCAAAGACUGGUCUGAGACCAGUGUUCCCACUGACAUAUGUGUAGGCAUGAUCAGGAGAGCCGUGUCCAAACUGGAGGCAACAUUGAAUGAAAUGAUUGAAAAACUGUCUGAAAGUGAGAUCAAGAAGAUUGCCAAAUAUACAGUGGAUGUCACUCUGGACCCUGACACAGCCAACCCGUGGUUGCAGCUUUCUCAGGACAGACGUCAGGUGAGACACCUGGGUGCAUGGCAGGACCUCCCAGACCAUCCUGAACGCUUCGACACAGUGGUCAUUGUUCUGGGCCGCGAGGGCUUCACCUCAGGGAGACAUUACUGGGAAGUUCAGGUGGGGGACAAGGAUGACUGGUACAUGGGUGUAGCCAGGUCUUCUGUCAACAGAAAGGGCAGGAUCUCUGUAAGCACCACCCAGGGAUACUGGGCUCUUGCCAUGAAGAAAGGCCAAGGGUACCGGGUGUCAACAUCUCCGCCAAUAGCUCUGACCCUCAACCCCAAGCCCAAGCGAGUGGGUGUGUACGUGGACUACGAGGAGGGGCAAGUGUCCUUUUAUGAUGUGAGAGCUUGGACUCAUAUUUACACAUUCAAAGAUAAGUUCAUGGAGAAGAUCUUACCCUUUUUCUACCUGUACUGCUGCGACAAAGCUUCUGAUACCCUCGUGAUUUGUCCUGUGAAUGAAAAAACUGUGAUCAAGCAAAGCUAAGGACAAAGUUUGACAGUAAAAACA